ACUGAGCUCAGUAGCCAAUGAGAGGCGCUCUGACGCAUUCUAAUGAAUAUUAACAAGAAUAGUGUGCGAGUGGCUCGGGCUGUGAGGCUCACUGCGCGCAGGCGCCUAGUGGAGCCUCCUACAACAAGAAGCAGCAGCCAGGCAAGAUGGCGGACCUGGGGAAGAAGUACUGCGUUAACUGCCUUGCAGAUGUCACCAACCUGCGGCUUCGCUGCACCGACUGCCCGGAUAUCGAGCUGUGCCCGGAGUGCUUCUCUGCGGGCGCCGAAAUCGGCAAUCACCGCAGAUGGCACGGCUACCAGCAGGUCGACGGCGGGCUGUUCUCUCUGUGGGGUCCAGAGGCAGAAGGAGGAUGGACUAGCAGGGAAGAGCAGUCGCUGCUCGAUGCCAUCGAACAGUACGGAUUUGGAAACUGGGAGGACAUGGCUGCACACGUCGGACCAUCCCGAACCCCUCAGGAAGUCAUGGAACAUUACGUCACCAUGUACAUUCACGGUAACCUGGGUAAAGCCUGCAUCCCCGACAGUAUUCCCAACAGAGUAACCGACCACACUUGUCCAAGCGGGGGACCCCUAUCACCCAGUCUCACCACCCCGCUGCCCCCUCUGGACAUAAGCCUGGCCGAGCAGCAGCAGCUCGGCUACAUGCCUCUGCGUGACGACUAUGAAAUCGAGUACGACCAGGAUGCAGAGAAGCUCAUCAGUGGGCUGUCGGUCAACUAUGAUGAUGAAGAUGUGGAGAUUGAGCUGAAACGUGCACACGUAGACAUGUAUGUGCGCAAGCUGAGGGAGCGGCAGCGGCGCAAGAACAUCGCCCGGGACUACAACCUGGUGCCAGGGUUCCUCGGCAGAGACAAGAAAGACAAGGAGAAAGAGAAGCCUGGAGGGUUGCAGGCCGUCGGUGGUUCUGUCCCUGCGGGUGGAGCAGGAGUAUGCGGCACCGCCGUCGGAUCUGCCUCCACGACGGCGGCGGGGUCUGGCCCCAUUCAGAGUACACCUAAAAGAAAGAUCACCAAGGAGGAGAAGGAGCAGCGGCUGAGGCUUCGGGCGCUCUGCCAGUUCAUGGCUCAUCGGGAGUUUGAGGAGUUCUUCGAGAACAUGCACAAAGAACGAGUGCUGAGAGCCAAGGUGCGUGAGUUGCAGCGCUACCGCCGCAACGGCAUCACGCGCCUGGAGGAGUCUACUGAAUAUGAAGCCGCUCGUCACAAACGGGAGAAACGCAAGGAGAACAAAAACGUGGUGACAUCCAAACGUGGCAGCUCAGGAGGGGCCGGGCUUGGCUCUGGGAUGGUACUCGGUGGCGGGGCUGGCGGGGGAGGAGGUGUCACUGGGGGGCUCGGAGUCGGAGGUGGGAUCAAGGAAGAAGGCAAAGACGGUGAGUUUUCGGCCAUUGAGAAUCUGGCAGGGUUUGAGCUUCUGUCUGAUCGGGAGAAGGUGCUGUGCAAUUCCCUCAACCUGAGCCCAACGCGUUACCUGACUGUCAAAACCAUCAUCAUUAAAGACCACUUGCAAAAAAGGCAGGGCAUCCCGGCUAAGAGCCGACUGCCCAGCUACCUGGACAAGGUCCUCAAGAAGCGCAUUCUCACCUUCCUCACGGAGAGCGGCUGGAUAUCCAGAGACGCCUCAUAGUGUUGGUCUCUGGUUGGGAAUUACAUGCUGAUGAUCGCCGGUAGCUGACUGAUUUUGUGCUCUGGAGGCUGGAUGGAACUACUGCCUCUCAUUGAAUACUUUUUCUAGUUUUCUUUUUUUACUUUGUAAAUAUGUAUAGUGCAGAUAAAAAGAUGCCCCACUGGAAAACUAACUAUAUUUUCAUACAAGGUGUAGGAACAACAGCAAAAAAUAAGCGGGGCUAGUACUUCUUUGGCCUUUGAAGGUGUCAAGGAUGUGCAACACCUUUGAGUUUACUAAUAAGAGCUUCCUGCUACAAUUCUGGAUGGAUAAAUUAUAGCAUUUUGCAGUUGAGGCGUUUUUCUUUCAUUCCCCAGUGCAAGAUUUACUCCUAAGCAUCGUUACAGAAGUAACCGAACGAAAGAGUAAAAGCUAUUUCACACUGAAAUAAAGGGUGUUCCAUUGAUUUAAUGUGGAGCAUUGUUGAGGAUCCUGACAAAAAUAAUCAGCUUUGUGUUGACCUUUUUGUUUUCACACCAUGUUUAAAAUCCAACUGAUUCCGUGCCGUUUUCAUGCACUGGGGGCAUAGCUGUUUGAUCACUGCUACAUUAGCACUGAAGGGGAUGGACGGUCUAAAAAGAAAUGAUUAAAGGGUUCAGAGGAGCCCCCGAUAUUUGAGUGUUGUUUGUCCACUAGGGGGCACUGCCAGUGUUCCCUGGAUUUCCAGCUGUUAAUAACGUCAAUAAACAAGACGAUUUAAAGUAUUCCCCCCAAAAUCUGUAACUGUUCCCUCGCUACCUUUUGGGUUUUUAAAAUACAAAAGUGCCUAAACCCAGAUCAGAGGACAGUAUGUGUGAAUGUUUUUUGAAUCCUGCUAAAGGUUCUGUAUUUCUAAACCUGUGUUGUUGAUCUUCGUUUUAGAAAGGCAGAUUCUGAAAAUUUGGCUUAAAAUAAAUAAUUUUUUUCGGUAGAAGGAAUUUGGAAGAGAAAACAGGCCCACAGCAUCACAGAUCUUCCUCCCUGCUUAAAUGGGGAUGAGAGGUGCUUUUCUGCAUAAAGAAAAUGAUUAAAUGCUACAUUUAAGUUAAAACGUUCUUGUUGUUAACAAGAUCACUGGCGCCAAACGUCUUGGUUUCCCUGCUGUCAGCACAGUGCAGUCCUCCAUUUGCCAGUAAAACAGAGCUAUAUUUCCUUAGAUAUCUCCCAAGGUUGGAGCAGACACACACAGAGGGAUCUUUGACUUAGGACUUGAAACUAAGACAGCCAUUAAAGAAGGUUGACUUUGUGUGUGCCGUACCAUUCCUGUGUUUUUAUGCCCAUGUUUUGGAUCAGUGUCCUUCUCAAAGAACCAAUGACUUCACCAGAUUUUUAUUUAAAAUGUUAUUCCAUGAAGCCAUCCUUUCUGACAAGGUUAAGUGGAUAUUUGGUAAGGAAAUAACCAAACAGAACCGGUCCCUCUUUGUUUUCCACCAAACCCACCUGGCGUUUUUAAUUGUAAAACAAAGCUCAAUCUGAGCUCAUCUGACCAAAGCAGCAGCAGCUAAAGCCCUUGUAGCAUUUAGUAAACUCCACAUGUUUACCUUUGUGAUGGUAGGACAGAAGAGAUGUUUUUCCGGUGUAACUCCAAAACAACCGGUUGGCAUGUAUAUAGCAAUUCAGUGGUUGCCAUGGAGACUUGGAGAGAUCAAGAAGUUCCCCUUUGCUGCAGAUCUCUAGCUGAGCUCCCUUACCGCCCUGCUUAUUGUGUAUGGUGGUUCUUGUCCAGCCCGGUGGUCGCUGCAUAAAACAUGUCUUAACAAGGAAAACAGAAACCAGGGAUGUUGUUUAAAACAAUCAUUUCUUUUAUUUAUUUUUUUCCACUCAAUAAUUCUUUUUAAGGUUUUUUUACACAUCUUUACCAGGGGAGUCAAGGUAGUUACCUGUAACUGCAGUAAUUAGAUCAUUUAGCGCUAAAACUGCCUUUCUUAAUAUGUAUUACAUCUUAGAUUUUUUUCUGCUUCAUAUUACAAUAAGGGUAAAAAAAAAAUAGGGGUUCUCUAAACCCUCAGAAAGAUCCCGUUUGUCAGAUGUAUCACCUGCUCCCAAAGUCGGUCACUAGUUUUCCUCACAUUGUCUGUAGGUGUGAAUCUGAACAGCAUUACCAGAAACUUCUUGCAUGUCGCUGCUUUGUAGGUUUGGGUUUCUUUUUUUUUCUUUUCUUUUAAGCUAAACAGAAUCUGUCAUGCUUUUCAAAAUGUAAACCAGUCAUUUUCAUCCAGCAGCUGUUCAACACAAAGGAAAAUGUGAGCUGAUGCUGGAACAUCUGCAUCUUGCCAAGUCAGGGGGUUACAUAGAGCUGCUUAUAAACUGUUUAUGUAGGACAUAAAAUCGGCUUCUAAGAUUGUGGAUUAUUUGUCAUUUCCGUUGUUUUUGAGCAUAUUAUCUGGGUCUAAUGAGACAGUAAACACUAUGGUUAUACUUACUGGAAAAAAAAACGGUUCUCAUUGUAUCCAAGUAAUGAAUGUAUUCCUGUCACAAGGAGAUGUGAAGUGUUGGAAAUAAGAGUCUAACAAAUGCAUUUUUCCCUUCCGUCCGGACAGAUUUGACAGCUCGCAAAUUCAUUGUUUAAUACCACCUUCAGUCGACCUGAAGCAUAUCUUCCACAGAGGCUAAUGGGGGCUUUAUCUUUUACAAACGUAGACUGAGAAAUACAUGGACACACAUUUGAAUCACUGGAACAACAGGUUCGGAGGCCACUAAAACCUGCUGUUCAUAUAUUUCCCUCCAGACUCAGGUGUGUCCAGAAACUGUGUUGGACUUAAAGAAACACUGACUGGAGGCUGAAAAAUCAAAAUAUAAUGUAGAUGUUUUAACGUCUACAUGUGUAGACGCCUUUAUUUUCAGCUGAUGCUGGAAAGCUUGAAGUCGAAGCUGUUUGAUUGGAUUUUUUUGAGCAUUCAGACGCUUUGUCUCAAAGAAAAAGUCAAAACUACUUGAAGGAAAUAGUCUUGAAUGGGGGUAUAUAUAUCUAUAUAUAUAUAUAUAUAGAUAUAUAAAUAUAUCUAUAUAUAUAUAGAUAUAUUUAUAUGUUUAUGUGAACCAAAUGUAAAUAGUUUGUAAGAUAAGAAAAUGUGUGUGUAAUGUACAGUAUUUUGUGUUGUGUACAUUUUUAUAGGUUUUUUAUUAAACACAGAUUUUUGACAAAUGGGUGCAUUUUUUACAUCUUAUACCAUCUGCUGGUCUCGCAUUGUUGAGCUGUUUCUGUUGCACAUAAACUAUGUACAAUACUGAAUUAAAAGGGCAAAUAUUUUAA